AAUAUUCUCUUUCAUAAUCUCUUCAUUUUUACACAUUUAUAAAAGUUCAGAUCGAGAUAUCAGCACCAGGCCUAAUUUGAUAGCAGCAAGAUUCCGAUUGAUUGGGAUUCUUCAGAUGGUGCCGAAGAGAGGAGCUCCUUGCAUGCAGCCCGCCCGCCCGCACGCGCACGGAGCUUGCUGUCAAAAUGUGCCGCUGCAUGUUCUCUCCUUUUAUGACUCACAAUAAGCCGUCCAAAGUCCAGCAAAGUCGCGUCUCUGAUAAGCGGAACCAAUAAAAGCUGCAGCAGCCUGGCAGUGUAAACACCUCGGGCCCGGAGAGGGCCUCCACCUCCUCCCCAUUCUUUUUUCUACUUCUUACCUUCCUCGUCUUCAUCUUCUUCUUCUUGAGUUGCAUUUACAUAUUAAGGCCCCCCAUCAGCCGGCCCCCUCAUUAGCAUCUUUUAUAUCCCUGGAGCAAGGCGGCAGCAUCAUGGCAAAGUAGAUCCAUCCUCCUCACCCUAGAACAGGUGUCAGCUGGACCGAAGAGCCCGAACGGAACCUAUACACUUAUUUUUCCCCCUUUUUUUUUUUUUUUUUUGAUGUUCUCCAACAUGGUGUCCAAACUGACGUCCCUGCAGCACGAGCUCCUGAGCGCACUGCUGGAUUCAGGGCUCACCAGGGAGGUCCUGAUCCAGGCGCUGGACGACAUGGACCCUAACCCGGUCGGGGGCUUCGGGGUGAAGCUAGAAAGGCUGCAAUCACCGCUGUCUCCGCGCCACAAAAACAACACAAACGGCGAGUCAUGCGACGCCAAGCCGGUGUUCCACACACUGACCAACGGCCACGGGAAAGCGGCCACCAAACUGUCCGGCGACGAGGGCUCGGAGGACGGCGACGACUUCGACACGCCGCCCAUCCUCAAGGAGCUGCAGUCCCUCAACACCGAGGAGGCCGCCGAGCAGCGCGCCGAGGUCGACCGCAUGUUGGCGGAGGAUCCAUGGCGCGCAGCCCGUAUGAUCAAAGGUUACAUGCAGCAGCACAACAUUCCACAACGCGAAGUGGUGGACAUCACAGGCCUCAAUCAGUCGCACCUCUCACAGCACCUGAACAAGGGCACGCCCAUGAAGACCCAGAAGCGCGCCGCCCUCUACACUUGGUACGUGCGCAAGCAGCGGGAGAUCCUCAGACAGUUCAACCAGGCUGUGCAAGGUUCUGGCAGCAAUAUGACAGACAAAGGCAAUCAGGAUCCGGUGUUUUUUUUCCCAGAGUUCAACCCGUCCGGUCAGGGCAUGGGUCAGCCCGGCGGCGGCGGCGGCGACGACACCGGCGGCGAGCCCUCCUCCAAGAAAAUGAGACGUAAUCGUUUCAAAUGGGGGCCCGCCUCGCAACAGAUCCUCUACCAAGCCUACGAGAGGCAAAAGAACCCCAGCAAGGAGGAGAGGGAGGCGCUGGUAGAGGAGUGCAACAGAGCUGAGUGCCUCCAGAGGGGGGUGUCGCCAUCCAAAGCUCAAGGUCUGGGCUCCAACCUGGUGACGGAGGUGCGGGUGUACAACUGGUUCGCCAAUCGACGCAAGGAAGAAGCGUUCAGGCAGAAGCUGGCCAUGGACGCCUACAGCACGCCGACCACGCACAGCCUCAACCCGCUCCUGUCCCAUGGCUCACCGCACCACCCGCAGAACAGCGCGUCACCUCCAAUGCGCUACAGCCAAGGCCCUGGCGAGGUGACGUCGUCCACUAGCAUUAGCCACCACCUUAGCAGCGGCCUGGCCUCCAGCCAGUCGGUGCUCCAGCAGGUGUCUCCGGGGGUACUGGACCCCAGCCACAGUCUUCUGUCACCCGACGCCAAGAUGAUUUCGGGUUCAGGCGGCGGCCUCCCUCCAGUGAGCACGCUGACCAACAUCCACAGUUCCCUUCACAGCCAUCAGCAGACGCAAAACCUCAUCAUGCCGCUUUCUGGAGUCAUGGCCAUCGCGCAAAGUUUGAACACGUCGCAGUCUCAGUCGGUGCCGGUGAUCAACAGCGUGGCGGGCAGCCUGGCGGCCCUUCAGCCCGUUCAGUUCUCGCAGCAGCUUCACAGUCCUCACCAGCAGAGCCUCAUGCAGCAUUCGCCCAAUCACAUGAGCCAGCAGCCGUUCAUGGCCGCCGUCACGCACUCGCACAUGUACUCGCACAAACAGGAGCCGCCGCAAUAUUCGCACCCGUCGCGCUUCCCGUCGGCCAUGGUGGUGACGGACGCCAACAGCAUCGGUACACUCAGCAUGUCGGCCAGCAAAACGGACGCUCCGGUAAACAAGAUGGUGCAACUCGGGGGUCUUUCCUGGUGUCCUCUUCAAGCGUGGUGAGAGCGUGUCCACCGAACUUCCCCCGCUGCCCGGAAACCCCAGUGCAUUUUUUCCUUCUCCUUUUUUUUUUUUUCCACACUACCCGCUUGCCCGUCACCUUGGCGACGGAUGACGAAUUGGGUGGGGGGGGCGGAUACCAAAACCUUGUGACGACCGUAUGGCAGAACGGACCAGAGAGUGGACCACAGUGCCUGCCAGGCGACGACCAGGGCCUAAAAGAACGGUUAAAUCUUCACCGUGACCGUCACACAAUACUUUCGGAUGGCAGAAGAUUAGCUAGUUGACCGACCGAGAUGAAGUGACAUGAAUUUGAAGAAAAGAGGAAAUGGCUUCAAUCAUAAUUUUUUUUUUGCAUCUCAAAUAUGAUUAUAAGGUGUAUUUUCCACAGAAACCAGCAAUAAUGUAUAUUGUUAAUCUGAAAUUAUGAUCAUGGCCGGUUAGUGACCGAUAAAAUAAAUAGGAUAUGAUUACUAAGAAAACAGAUAUUAGUCCUAAAUAUUUAAAGGCUGGCCUAUCCUAUUCACUUUUUCUCUGUGAUGCGCGUGCACUUAUGGCCCUCGACGAGGCACUCUAAGCCAGCCAGGAGCUCAGGAUUUUAGAUACCACGGAGGGUCAAACUUUUCAUUUUCGUGGUUCUUUUUGGCAAUCGGUGCUGUUAACGAUAACCCAAGAAAAUAUUUUAUACACAUGUGUCAGAAGACGUCUUCCUUCUGGUUAUGUUCAAAGUCGGUCGUUUUUAGUUCAGGUCAUCGAUAGUCACUCACUUUCUGCCACCCGGAAGUAACCUUGGCGCCUGUUGUUUACAAACAUUCUGAAAAGGUCCAUUCAUUUGCCGAGCCCACUUUUUUUAUUCAAAGUGACCGCACAAGGAAAACAAAUCACGCCUUUGGACUGCACGACAAUCCCGACCGAUGCUUGUUGAUCUGGCAUAUUUUCGCCACCACAAAGUCUUCCUGUUUGUGUCUGUUGUGUGUACAUACUGUGAUUUUUGUUUGUUGACAAUCUUCAGAGGACUAUGCAAAGAUUUAGAGCAGGACGAUGAGAAAUUUUAUAUACAGUACAUAUACUGUAUGCACUAUGUGAGUGACAGCACCAACAACUUGCACAAGCGUCUUUUUUUUUUUUUUUUUUUUGCUUAACGCUGCCUGCAAGAAGAAGGAAAAAGGCUAAAGUAGACAAGAAUUUUCUCCUCAUCACCCAUGUUGUGAUAUAAAUAUUGUUGAUGAUAAACUUGGACCCCCCUCAGGUUGAGAAACAACCACUCCUUUCAUUUUGUGACAGCAGCUCACUGGAAUUCAAGGGUGGGAGAGGAGGGGGGGGGGGUUCCCGACACCCAACAGUAUUAGACAUUCCCAUGGAAACAUUAGGUCAUAAUGUUGGUAGCGCUUUGACGCUUUCUUGACUGUUAUGAUGUGCUCACUGCCGUCCGAUCCAGGGGACGCUCACUCAUACCCACAUUGUGCGUGUGCAUGCGUGUGUGUGAUUUUAUUCUCCUCUUAAUGUAUUAUUUUUGUAUAAAAUUGAAAUCAAUCCUAAAUCAUUAUUUAUAUGUACUGAGGCAAUGUUGAUAUUUUGA